ACGUCACUCCUUUCGAGGCGUUCUCUAUCCUGGCUAUCUAGUUUCUUUAAACAAGAAGGAUCUUGAGAUACGCCGGAUCCGCUAAAAUACGCCGAUAUCCUGCUUAGCUUCCGACCAUAUGGGGCUACUGGACCAGUUGUGGGACGACACCGUUGCGGGUCCCCGACCCGAUAACGGCCUCGGCAAGCUCCGAAAGCACUCCACUUUUACUUUCCGGCCUAGCUCCGCCAAGGAAUCUGAUGGUGGGAGUGUGAGAUCGUACGGUGAUGAAACGUCGGAGGAAGCUACCAGAGUGACACGUAGUAUUAUGAUAGUAAAACCGCCGGGUUAUCAGAACGGAUCGCCUCCGGUUUCGCCAGCCGGGUCUACUCCUCCGGUAUCUCCUUUUUCCGGAGGCAGAGAAUCGUUCCGAUUUCGGAGAAAGUCCACAUCGGACGCAUACGAGAAGGCCAGCGAGGUUGGACCAAGGAGCCCUCAUCCUCCUUACGACGUGUGAGAUAUGAGCCAUCUCCCCCCCUUAUUCGGCGACAAAGCAAUGCUUCUAUCCAUGUUUGCAGCUUUAAGGUUAAUGUUAUGUCAAGCUAGGUUUGGUACUGUUUUUGAGCAGUUCGUUGGAUGUGUAAACUUUUGUCAAAACGGUUACGGGGCUGGAAAAAGGCUGUAACUAUGUAGAGAUGGUAAUGUAGUUUGCUACCUUUUGUAUAAAUUGAGCUUGUCUCGUUUUCCCCUCCGCAGUUUGUUUGUUUCUCCGGAAAAAACUUGUUGGAAUAAGAUUUCAGUGUUGUUUUCCCCUGUUA